AUGUUUAGCGAAAAUAGAUGGAAAGUUAUUCUGUUACUGGUGGCGUCCGUUGGCGCUGUCGAGCCGAGCCGGGCGCUCAGCCUAGUCUACCAGAAACCUUAUAAAAACGUCAUGUUUGUGCCGAAGAACCUGUAUCGGAGGACCAGAGCGAGACAAUCCAGAGUACUGUUCCUCGACGAAGAUGAAAACCAUCAACCAUUCGGAAAGGGUGAAAUUGAUUUGACACAAGACAAAAGUUACUCACAAAUCAAAUUUGACGAUCAACCAGAUUACGAGUUCACAUCUCCUGAAGAUGCAGAAGUGCCAAAAAAGUUGAAUGAGGAUUUGCCGUCCGGUAAUGAGCGGUUUUAUGAGCCGUUGCCGCGGUUUCGGCCGUUUUCGAAUCAUCCACAUUACUACCAGGGCCGUUUUGGUCGGACUUACGCUCCAAAUUUUGGUUUUGACCCGUAUCCUGUCGCUCCUUUCGCUCCGUCGGUUCGGAAUGGCUACUACCCCGGUUGGAAGCCGAGAAGUCCUCGAGUGGUGUUUCCAUACGCGUCAGAAAGUGUAAACUCAGUGCAGACGAAUUCCCACGCGGGGCCUGGUGGAUUUAAUGAUAAUGUUGUGUUUCGUGAUCAAAAUUUCGGUUUGAAUGACGUCGGUGAUGAACAGGCGUUGCAAGACCUUGGGACUGGUUCGGGAGAUGGAUUUGCUGAACGAGAGCAACAGGUGAGCACAGGCCUCUUCUCACACGGAGAAGGUGAUGACCACUUUUGCCCAUCUUGGCCGUCGAACACAGGACCUCACGACCAAGAGUGCGCGGGUCUGCGGUCGGUGAGUAAGGGCAGCUCGCCGCCCGACCAGAACCAGGCCCGAGCGUAUACGGCGCGUAGCGUUCCGCGCGAGCCAAUAGACCAUCACAGACGGGGCCCUAUAGGGCUGAUGGUCAGCCGGGGUUGCGGGGUAAGCGCAAUGAGGCACCGCGACCUGGGCCCAGAGCAGGAGAAGGAACAGGGGGAUGCCAAAGGACCACAUCGAGCUCGAUUCGAAAAAAAUAAAAGAAAAAAAGUUUUAGAAAAACCAAUGUUUGUACAGACUGAAAUACGAACGCCAAUGAAAAGGUUCGAUUACUACGAAUUCCCCAAUGUGACGAACAGACUGGCGGAUUUACCUAAAUUCCGGCCAAUCACAGACGAGCAAAUGUUGAAAAUUAACGAGAUACUCGACAGUUUGCCUUCGAGGUUGCCAAAAAGAAAGGGGCGAGUAAUAAACAGUUUGAGCAAUCCACAGAAUGCGAUAAAACCCCCAAUGACCACAGAAAAAAGUAUAGAAUCGAAUGACCGGCAAGAUGGAAAAAAAUGUCCACAGGGAGGAACUUGCGAGUUCUUUUUUUACUGUUGGAUGGUUGGUGGUCUGUUAGAUGGUUCUUGUGGGAGCCUUUUAAAGGGUUGCUGUCAUAGAGUGGCCAAAGCUGGAAUUUUGGGUGUACAGGACUCAAAUAGCCUUGAUGCUAGCAGCGAAGGGUUGAGUUAUGGACCCGUGGUUAAUGAUGAAAGUUGUGGUAUUGCAGUUGGCAAGCAGACGGCACAGCGAAGGAUUGUUGGUGGAGACGACGCUGGCUUCGGUACCUUCCCCUGGCAAGCAUACAUCAGGAUAGGAUCCUCAAGAUGCAACAUGCUUAUGUCGAUAUUCGAGCUUAUCGGUUGGAAGCAGUGUUGGAUAGAGAGGUGCGGUGGUUCCUUAAUAUCGAGGCGGCAUGUUGUGACUGCCGGUCACUGCGUAGCUCGAGCCCAACCUCGCCAUGUCCGCGUGACCCUCGGAGACUACGUCAUCAAUUCUGCAGCGGAACCAUUGCCCGCAUACACUUUUGGAGUCCGAACUAUCAAAGUACAUCCUCUAUUCAAGUUUACACCGCAAGCUGAUCGAUUCGACGUGGCUGUCCUGACCUUGGAUAGAAAUGUACAUUACAUGCCUCAUAUAGCACCGAUCUGUCUCCCGGAGCGUGGCUCCGAUUUCCUGGGACAGUACGGCUGGGCAGCUGGCUGGGGGGCACUCAGUCCUGGCUCCAGACUGAGACCUCGGACCUUACAGGCUGUGGACGUCCCAGUACUGGACAAUAGAGUCUGUGAGCGGUGGCAUCGGGCUAACGGUAUAAACGUGGUAAUUUACCCAGAGAUGUUGUGCGCGGGCUACCGAGGUGGUGGCAAGGACUCCUGCCAAGGAGACAGUGGGGGGCCUUUGAUGCUGGAACGGGCUGGUCGUUGGUACCUCAUUGGAGUCGUCUCCGCAGGUUACUCCUGUGCUAGUAGAGGCCAACCAGGCAUUUACCACAGGGUCGCCCAUACAGUCGACUGGAUAUCACACGCCACAACCUUAUCAUAG